UAGGGCAUAGAAACUAAUGCACUCACAUGGCGGCAAGAGACCGGUUAGAAGUCAUUCGUCGGCAUUUGGUGCCAGCUGCAGGGAAAGACGAAGGUCCGGUCCCACGGGCCUGCAGCUCCUCUAGUCCCAGUCGGGAUGUCCCGACCAUCCCGAAAAGAAGGCAGGAACUUCUGAAGUGGAAUGGCUGGGGAUACAAAGAUUCCAAAUUUAUUGUCAAUAAGGAUGGUCAUGUGGAAUUCACAGGGGAGAGGUACAGGCUGAGUGGCUGUAAAAUGCCCCUGCUCAGAGAGUGGAUGAUGUCCACAGUGGGAAUAAGCCUAGAUCAUAAAACACCAGCACAGGAGGAGAUUACGGCAGCUGAUGUUCCCCCACCCAUCAAAAAUGAGGGGUUUAUCUCGGAUCUCCGCAGGACGCUCAUCCCACAUUCUGAUGACUGUCAAGAUCGCCUCUUCAGAGCUCAUGGCCACACAUUACAUGAAGUGUUUAUCCUGAGAGACAGUAACUUUGAAAGGAUCCCGGAUUUGGUUGUUUGGCCAAAUUCUCACAGUGAUGUGGAGAAGAUAGUAAAACUGGCUACUGAACACAAUGUAGUAAUAAUACCGUGUGGAGGAGGUACCAGUGUUACAGGCGGUCUCUUGUGCCCUGCUGGAGAAACAAGAAUGAUUAUCUCCCUUGAUUUGACACAGAUGAACAAAAUUUUAUGGGUGGAUGAGAAGAACUUGACGAUGUGUGCAGAGGCAGGGAUCAUAGGUCAAGAUCUGGAGAGGAAGUUGGGUGCUAAGGGCUUCUGCACAGGUCAUGAACCUGAUUCUAUGGAGUUCAGCUCCCUGGGUGGAUGGGUAGCAACAAGAGCUUCUGGCAUGAAGAAAAAUAUUUAUGGCAAUAUUGAAGAGUUGGUUGUCCACGUGAAGUGUGUAACCCCCAGGGGAGUAAUGCAGAAGAGCUGUCAGGUUCCCCGCAUCUCCAGUGGACCGGAUAUUCAUCACUUCAUUUUGGGCUCAGAAGGAACAUUAGGUGUUGUCACAGAAGUGACAAUGAAAAUUCGACCCAUCCCGCCCUGUAAAAAGUAUGGCUCAAUUGUCUUCCCUACCUUCGACCAAGGUGUCGGGUGCUUGAGGGAGAUAGCUAGACAGAGAUGUGCUCCUGCUUCAAUCAGACUGAUGGAUAAUGAACAGUUUCAGUUUGGUCAUGCCCUUAAACCAGAGGCCAAUUCCAUGCUGUCAAGUUUUGUGGAUGGCAUAAAGAAGUUCUACAUCACAAAGCUGAAAGGAUUUGAUCCUCAUAAGUUGGCUGUUGCCACUCUUCUGUUUGAAGGCACCAAGGAGGAAGUGGCUGCUCAGGAGAAAAGGGUAUAUGAAAUAGCCUCCAAAUUUGGGGGACUACCUGGGGGAGAGGACAAUGGACAGAGAGGGUAUAUGCUUACCUUUGUCAUAGCAUAUCUAAGGGACUUGGGAUUUGAUUAUUACAUUGUGGCCGAAUCGUUUGAGACCUCAGUUCCGUGGGACAGGGUGCUGGACUUGUGUCGUAAUGUGAAAGACCGGCUGGGUCGGGAAUGUAAGGAAAAGGGCGUCCAGUUCCCACCCUAUGCUACAUGCAGAGUCACCCAAACCUAUGAUGCUGGAGCCUGUGUAUAUUUCUACUUCGCAUUUAACUACAGAGGACUGAACAACCCAGUGGAAGUGUAUGAAGACAUUGAGGCUUUGGCCAGGGAUGAAAUACUGGCGAAUGGUGGGAGUAUUUCUCAUCACCAUGGAGUUGGGAAGAUAAGGAAGAAGUUUUUGCGCAAGACAAUAGGGAAUGUGGGUCUUGGAACUCUCCAGGCUGUGAAGGAAUACAUAGACCCCCAAAACAUUUUUGCUAACAACAACUUGAUGAUGGACAACCCUUAUUAACGGUCGAGUCUGUGAAAACCUGAUGAAAAGAAAACACAGGCUUUAUUCAAAGAAAUUCAUAAUUCAGUGUAACAUUUUUAAAUAGUCUUUUGAUUAUGUACUAAAAAUUAAUUUAUGAAGUUUUGGGAAUGGGUGACUAGAUUUCUGAUUAAAACUUGGUAUUAGGGUCUGACCGAAUAUGAAGAAAGCAGUUGGUUGGGUUUACCUAUAACAUUCAGGCUAAUCCACAGCAGUGUCCGUGCACAGAAACAGAGACCUGAUAUGCAAAAAUUUUGACAUGAAAGAGAUACAUGGCACAUAUGCCUGCAGCCUCUUAAAUCUUGCCGAUUUCUGUUUGUGGUUAAAAAUGAAGAAGAUUUUGUCCUGUUAUACCCAAAGGGAAGGCAACUUGUGCUUGAAGAGGGUCCCUAAGAUUAUACAACUCUUGAAACCAACCCUUGCAUUUAGGGGAAUAUUAAGCCACUGAACAUUUUGUAUGGUGCUAGUCUUAUAAUUUCGUGGCAUUUCUUUUUAAACCUCAAAUCCUGCUCCUAGAAAGUAUCAGUUUGGUGCAGGGUGUUGUUCAAAUUAUUUUCCUGGAAUGAAAGUAUAUAACUUUGGGAGUCCACUCUCACAGAGGGAUGUACCAUUUGGUCUGUAUUUAUAUUGAUAGAUGUUUAGGUGAAUGAGCCUAUGUAUGAAUCUGCAUCUAUCUGCAUUAAAACUUACAGUGUACAGUGAAUGUAAACAUCUGUGUGACAUAAUUUAUAUAUUACAUGUCCUCAAGUGUAGUUCACUUGAAACAUUUACUCCAUUUUCUCUGUAUGCAAAGUAUGAUACAAUUUAUCAGUAUUUUUGAACAUUGGUUCACAUCGACGGUAAUACUAAAAAUACACGUUUUGCCUGAUGAAGAAUGGUGUAAUGAUGUUAUUAAAACUUGAUACAAUUGGAUAAAUUUUAUAUUCACUUGUGAUAAUGGAAUCUUUUUAAUGUGUAAAGUGAUACAGCUCCUGAAAUACAAGUAGGUCAUAAUCCCAUUACACCAUACAAAUCUGCUGACCCACAGAUGGGUUGAAUUCUAUUACAUGCACUUGGUCCAUGUAAAACUUAGCUCUCAUUGAAUACAUUGGCAUUUAAUCAUGUU